GUCUCCUGUUUCCACCCACCAGGCCUCCGAUCCGAUGCUUCGCCAACUUUACAUCCUUCGAGUUACCGUCUAUCUCCAACACUGACUGUCCCAUUCUCUCACCCCUCUGAGGGAGAUGUCUGUUCUUGCGCGACCCUCAGCAUCAUUCACUGGCGUACUACCCUGAACAGCCUUCCUCUCCUUGGCCGACAUCGACGGUCGCAUCAUGACAUCGAUACAGUCUUACCCCAGUCGACCAGAUAAAGCACUACCUGAAUUGCCCAUCCCAAAGUUCUCUAUCGAGUCUCACAGGCCUCGCACUGCUGCAACAGACGACUCAUGCCCCAGUCCUACAGUCCAUGUGUACCAAGGCCCGAGAUCACCACCAUCGUCCCCGCGAAACUUGCGAGUCCCUCAAUUCCGCCAGUCGCGAAAAUGGGCCAAGAGGUACGAGCCUGCAUCCCCAUCACCAAACACCCCGGCGCUACCCGAAAAGGAGACCUUUCAGCCGUCUCUCCUCACUGCCGAUCAAGAUGAACGUAUCCUCACCAUGCGCGAGGAAUCUUUCGACCAACAACGCGCCAAGUUAAAGCACCCACCUAUGAUUUUAUCCAGUAUUGAUGAGGCACAACGUUCAACUCCCGAGAACGUAAGCGAAAACAACUUUUCAAACCCCUCACAAUGCCAACCAGCGACGAUACAAUGUUGGAGAACUGUCAAAGCGACCAUUUUCAUAUCUUCUGCUCCUUCAGACUUCCAAAACCGCCGCCAAGGCACCAAGCGAACAGUGCCCCCUCGAAAGCGCGAAAGAAGAGGCCGCCGUGGACAUGGGAGAGUCGCACUUCCUCGAUUCGCAAAGAUAGGGUCCAGGUUCAUGCAAAAAAGACCCGUCCCUCCCCCCAAAGACCCCUUCCCCCAGCCCAUAACUGCGCUGCCAGCUGUGUACGGUGAUUUCUGGCGAGAGACAGAUCGAGAUACCUCAAACCGCCGCCCUGGUUCCAGGUCACCUGUUCCAUCCCUCCACGACCCCGAAAAAGAUAGCCGCUUCUCGAAAGAGUGUAUGGAUGUUCUGAACAGUCUCGACUUCAACCGCGACUGGUUGUCUUCACCUUCUCCAGGCCUGGCUCCACCGACUCAAUCCUCACAUCAAGUCUCACCCUCGACAUCCCAGCACGUCUUACAAGGCCCCCGAAUUGAUGACGGUGACUCGAUUUCUAUCCAUGCCGCAUUGGCUGCUGUGCCAGCCCCUCUGAGCGCUGAUUCCACUCCUCCGAUCCCAGACAUAACUGUAUCAACCAGCUCAACACCACAAGCCCACCAUCGUCGUCCACAGCUGCCGCGGAGGACUUCCAGUAAACAAGACUCGUCAAGCCUUGCCACACAGAUGUUCUCACCGACCCGAAACUACGCAGGUUCCACCACAAGGCGACUAGGCCUCCCUACAUCUCCGUUACGCUCUAAGGCUCUUGAGCAGUCCCACCGUUCCUCGCUGGCCCCUCCUUGCGCCGGCAAUACUUUCAACGGCCCAAGACCGGCCACAAGCACCGACACUCUAGCCAAGAUAGAGGCAGAGGUCAAGGUCAAUGUCGUUCCUCGAGGUAGAAUAUCUGAAAAUCCCAGAGUAUCUCAUAUAUCGUCGGACUCAAAAUCGGGCCCUCCUAGUAUUCCACCAGAGCGUCCAUUACCAGCACUACCCUCAGACUCGGCCUCUGAUUUCCAUCGGCGGUCUAUCGAUUCCUCAACAAGUGCAACCAAACAUCCUGUGUACCCUAAUGAAAGACUGUCCAUGUCCACCAUCCGCAUCGUAUCUUCAAUUCCAGAACAACGACCUACGCUGGAGAUGGAAAAGUCCACCAAAAUAAAUGCACAACUGUCUGAUGGAAAGCUUCAUGGGCUGACCCGAAAGCUCUCAGCCGAUCUCAUGUCGCUCGAUUCUUUAUCCUCUCGAAAGUCUCGUGAUUCGCAACGCUCCUCUCGAUCGUUCACCAAGCACAACAUCUCGGGGCCACGUGCUGAGAAAGUAAAGGAGAUGCGCAGGCGUGACUUGAGACUGUCAGUUUCUGACCCGGACAUGCAGAAUACCUCCAAGAACAAGACAGCUAAACAAUCUCAUGGACGGGGCGAUCAGAAGGACAUUACAGUUCAGCCACAGGGCCUUGAUACACGACCCUUAAUGGAUGAGCUAGACCAAUUCCCCGCAGUGCCGGAAAGUAGUGGCAUUGGGAGUAGGACCGGAUCUCGCAGAUACAACCGAGAUCACAGCCAAUCAAGGCAAGCGGCCCAUCGGCAUCAGACAUCAAAAUCAAGCAUGUCCUACCAUACUCGCCAACCACGUCCAAAGGAAAUUCUUAGUCAAAGCAAUAUCUUUGUCGUUGUCGACUCCGAUCCUGUUACCGCCCGUUUCCGAGCUGGGGCCAUGAGCCCUGCCCCUAGUAUUGGCGGCCCUCCCAGUCGCAGUGCCAGUCCUUUUCAGUCGAUGAAGCAUUCACGACGUUUGUCAAACCUCAGAGAUAUGUCUGCCAGUCAGGGGAGCCCUCUUAAGACUCUCACAAAGACACUCAGUAUUCAAAGUCUACAACAAAUGAGGAGCCCAGGCUCAGCCAAAUCCACUUCUAUUGCGUCCAAACCCACCAAGCGACACGCCCGGACUACGAGCCAUAGUCUCAGCAGUUCGAGCGACGAGUCGCAGCUCGUGUUGAUAGCAACCAGCUCGAACUCACCCCAGAAGGUUGCGACUAAACCUCGCAAACGUCGAAGAUGGAACAGUAACGAUCUCGUCGACGUAGGCACGCUCAAGCAGACCGUCGAGGAACUUUUUGUCGUCGUCAUCAAGCAGGAAGAAAAAAUCCGGUGGCAAGCUGAUCAAAUCCAAAUGAUGAUACGAGUCAUGGCACCCAUCAAUCGAGUUCGCGGUGUCAAGGUCUCCGGGGCCCUUGAAGACAUUCCAGACUAUUCUACCAGUGAUGAGCAAACAGCCGAUGAUGCUCGAAGCCUUACAGUGAGGCCAACCUACAUCAACGGUGGUAGAUCUACCCGAACGAGUGCUAGCACCAGUGUAAUGACGAUGAAGAAGAGGGAAAAGCUUCGACCUGCGCCAGGACACGUCAGGCUGAACAGCGCCGGUGAUUAUACUACAGCUUCCACCACGCCUAGCAUCGUCGAUCACACCGAUGCCACCAAGGUCUCCGUGAAUGAUGCGUCUCUCACUGAUCCAAUGGAAUAUGACUUGGGGAGUCCAGGACCUCCUACCCUCUCGGAGCGUGAAAAGGCCCCCCUUCAGCCUGUUGAAAAUGCCGAACCAAAACCCCCGGUGGGAGAUCGGCUUAAGAGCAACAACGGACCGAUGAACACUAACGUACCGCUCCAUCACCCACCCCCAGUGGCAUCCGUCAUCCCCCGUGGUAGGCUUCCUGAGGAUCAGAUGAGCUUUCUCAGUCCCGCUGCUUCAACCGUCGAGGGAGACGAUCCCUUUCUUGGCCGGAGCGCAGGCCAGAAAAACCGGCUUUUGCAACCUCCCAAUAAUGUUGGACGUAACGGUCGCGUUCCGCAACCUCUUUUCGGCCCACCCGAAGCGAGACAUGAAAAUAACGAUAAUGAUGAUACCGAUGCCAGAUCUUUGGACACGGAAGCUGAGAACCAACGGGACGCUGCAAGGCUAAGUGUUAAUCACGUUCUGACUAGCACUGAGCAGAUGGACCGUGCAAUUGAGCAGUUGAUGAACAUAUAAUGAUCAUGUACGAUAAUACUGGAG